AUGGUCCGCACUCAUGUGAAAUUGGUGGUGGAAGAGGACAACACCGCCAACAUGACCAAAGCCUUGACUGCGACAGCCUUCCCAAAGUGGCGAGGUGAGGACUCGAAGGUUUGUGGCGAAGCUGCCACGCAACCGUCAAUCCGCCUUCCACCACUCAGAGAGGGACGGCGCGUCAAGCUCCUCCACUCGGCCAUUUCCUUGCGGAUGGACAAGGAUAAGGGCACAAUAGGAUCCGGAGAUGGCAUUCUGCUUUUGGAUGGGGGAAGGGACGGUUUGGGACCAUCUCUUCUUGGGGCUGUAAAGCCCUCACCGACAGAGACCAUGAGCAAACACAAGACUUGCAAGUUCCUCAUUUGGGACGAGGGAGCGAUCCGAUCCAAGAAACACAGAAAUCGAGGAUCGCAGGUGAAUCAAUUGGAGCGUGUCUAUCUAAUCUUGCCGGAGGACAUGCAGGUCACCUACAAAAAGCGAAAGCAUUACUCUGGGACAUCCGCAGGUGAUUGCCUAGGGCCUAUCAUAGCACCAGCCUGGGACGACAUGGAUGAGACAUGGAAUGCCACCUAUGCCCUCAAGAAGGUCAUGUAUGGUGCGGCGAACAGGGUUGCUGUGGGGGGCAAGCCGGAUGGGGAGCCGGCUGAGAACGCGAAAGGAGCCAGGCGCAAAGACACCGACCAGGAGCCGAUGGCCUAUCAUGCCAUGCCAAGCGAAGUGGCUGAUAGCGCUUUGAGGGCCCGGCUGAAGCAGGUCCACGAUCCUCCGGUCCUCUCCAGCGAUUGCCUCAAGAUCAUGAAGAUUGAGCGUCCUGGACGUCAAAUCUUUCGCUGGGUUGCCGCAAAGACGCGAGCGGUUGUGGAUGGUUGGGCUGCGCAAGAGCUUGAUGCACAGAAAAGUCAAGCCUAUGAGUUCCCGAAGUCGGAGAGCGGCCGCAAGCGAUUGAAGCAGGGACUCAAACGCAUUGCCAAGGAUGGUGGCGAUACUGAUGAUUGCUGGAAACUAGGUCCCUGGCAUUUGCUCCACCGCCGCCAAUGCCACAGCAGCGAGCGA